AUGGUUUCUGCAUCGUCCAAGACCAAAGCUUUAGACCCUCCCCUUUACGCCUUAGGUUUCGAGAUCGAUGAGUUAUCUCCCACACGUGUCACAGGUCGUCUUCCCGUUUCUCCAAUCUGCUGCCAGCCUUUCAAGGUGUUACACGGUGGUGUGUCUGCUUUGAUCGCUGAGUCUUUAGCAAGUAUGGGAGCUCACAUGGCUUCCGGUUUCAAAAGGGUCGCUGGAAUUCAACUCUCGAUCAACCACGUAAAGAGUGCUGAUCUUGGAGACCUUGUCUUCGCGGAAGCAUCUCCUGUUAGUUCAGGAAAGACUAUUCAGGUUUGGGAAGUCAAGCUGUGGAAGUCAAAGGAAGGGUCAGAGAACAGAACUUUGAUAUCUUCUUCUAGAGUCACACUCCUCUGCAAUCUUCCUGUCCCUGAUCACGUCAAAGAUGCGUCAGACCCGCUCAAAUUGAUAUCUAAAUUGUAA